UGAAUUGAAUUCGUCUUAUCAGCAUCUUCUAAAGAAGGCAGCUGCUGUAUUCCCCCAUCCAAAUCGGACUUGCCUUCCAUUUGUCACAUCACUCAACCCCACCCCCACCAGGUUCAUGGCAGGACUUGAGAUAUCCUUAUCCCAUCCUGACCAUUUGGAUUCGCUUGAGAUUGAAAUCUUGAACAAGCGGGAGGCCUUUGACAUUCCUCCUAAACAUGUCUGUGAUGCUCUCGUGGACAUAUUCUUCACCUGGAUAGCACCAGUGCUACCGGUGGUGGAUAGACAUGCUUUCAUGCGAAGAUACUAUGCUCCAGAGCAUCCACCUUCGAUUUUAUUACUGCAGGCUAUCUUUAUGGUGGCUUCCAGAUUCUACAAGCAAGAAGUCCCGGAUAACUCUGCAAUUACGCCUCGCGUUUUCUACAAGAAGACUAAAGCCUUGUAUGAUGCUGGAUACGAAACUAAUCCGAUAAUCAUUGUCCAAGCAAUGGUCUUGAUGGGAGUAUAUUGGGAUGGGCCAGAUGACAUUACGGAAAGUGGCAUCUUCUACUGGAGUCGACUGGGCAUAGCCCUAGCACAAGCACAAGGACUCCAUCGAGGAGAAACAUAUACAGCACUCAGUCGAUCUGACCAAGCUCUUCGAAAGCGAAUAUGGUGGACACUUUAUACGCGAGAUCGUGCUGUGGCGGCAGCAUUCGGUCGACCUCUUCACAUCAAUCCCGAGGAUUGCACAGUAGACCCACUAGAAGAGAGUGACUUUAUUGAGAUUGACGAGCAAUUUUUCUUCGAAUAUCCGUCUGAGCCGCUUCAUGCCCAGUUCUUUCUGCAAUACAUCAAGCUCUGUCGACUUAUGGAGUUAGGCCUAUGUCUUACAUUAUCCUCGAGGUCAACACAAGCAAAUCGAGCUUCUGAAGCUGCGCAAUGUGAAAUCGGAUUGAAUGAGUGGCUUGCAUCUUGUCCAGUAGAGCUACGCUGGAGACAAUCGCAGCAUAAUUUUUGUUCUGCGAUAUUAUUUUCAACUUUCUACUCUAUUGUCUGCCAAACAUAUCUCUUACAGGCUCCACAAGCCUCAGAUGAAUCUCGAAGCUCAGCGAUACACGCUGCAUCAACGGUUAUCUCAAUAAUGGAAACCCUUCACUCGCGCCAAGAGCUACAGUACUCGCCAUCAUUUUUGAUUUGCCACGCUACUGUAUCAUUUGCUACUUUAAAAAGCCAAAUGAACGCUUCAGUGCCGUCUCUGCUCCAUUCCGUUCAGCAAAAACUAGACGGAAAUUUAGACAUGCUAAGCGAACUAUCUCACACAUGGCCUAUAGCUACAAUGCUAUUAGAAUUGUUCCAGACUAUGGUCAAUCCAGAGCAAUUUGAUCGGCUGUUAGCGAAUGCCGUUGAGGAGUGUCGCAAGCGGGCAUCUGGUGAUGAAAGUGUCAGCCGAUCCCGAUCAGCACCAUUCAAAAGACCAACUACGAAACAGGUGAUUCUUCCACGCAGCAGAGUUAUUGUUCAGUCUUUAGGGAGGGAGACUCAAAGAAUACCCACAUCUACUGCGACAAAUGCAUAUCAGAACGAUACCCCAUCUAGUUUCAAUGAUGAUCAAACGGGCGACAUAGAGUCUAUACUCGCAGGGGAACUUGAUUCUAACCCCUCGACAAUACUGCAGAGCCUUCGUGACAUUAUUCGAAUGGGCAAAUCUAACACUCAAAACGCAGGUGAACCAUUUCGCAGUACUUAUGAAUAGUCGAACUUCUAGCUAUAAGUCUUGAGUUCAACCAUCGGGCCUCUAGGAGCUACAGCGAGUCUGCUUCUCUUGUUGGAGUGUCCUGCAAAACCCAGGUUGCUUAUCCAACGCCGAACUUUUGAAAUAUAAAAACAGUAUAAUAACCAGCAUACUAUUUUCAUGGACCAAUAUCUUCUGUUCCCGUACUGUUGAGGCAAGGAUGAUCCUCGGC